AUGUUUCUCGACGGCACCGACGGGCGAUCGGGCGAGCUGGCCGUGCUCAAGUCUGCCAGCCUGGGAUUUGUGAGCAGCUUUGUGGCUCCCUCCGUCUACUCCAUCACCCGCCAGGACAACCGCCCCUUGACAGCCAUUUACCUUUACAAGGACGAUGGCACCGUGAUGCUGCCAACCCAAGGAGAGGCAGCCAACAGUAGCAACUGGCUGGGCUGCUUUGUGGGACGCAACGCGGCCGUGGACGGCGUGCAGGUGGCCACAGUGCAGCAGCAAACGCCAGAGGCCUGCUGCCGCGCCUGCCGAGCCUGGAACAGCAGCGCAGGCAGCCGCGCAGGCGGCAACAGCCCCAGUCCACUCAACGCCACCCCCAGUGUGUGCAACGUGUGGAGCCACUGCUCCAAUCCAGACGGCUGCCGGUUCACCACAGACGAUGGCGCUGAGCUGGCGCUGCCUGAGGGCGGCUGCGAGCUGCGCUUCCAAGAGCUGGUGCAGCCAAUGUUGGGCUUCCCUGCAGCCCUGAUAGCAAAGGGCCCCAAUGUGCCCUUCUCAGCUGGAGGGCCCAUCGUCACCUCAGCACCACAGGUUCCAGGCUACACGCUGCUGCCAGGCCGCGGCCUGUUCUCCUUUGGGCGCUACAACUGCUCGGAAUCCCUCAGGCCCGAGGUGCAGGAGUGCGUGCUGCAGAUGUCGCCAGAUGCAGCGGGACGGUACUGCCAGGCCGACCCGCUCUGCAAGGCUUUCAACAUGAAGAUGGAUGGAAUUUUUGGCACGGGGCACAGCCUGGCCAUUUUCAAGCGGGACGCCAAUGCCUCGGCCAUCCUGUUCAACCCCACAGGCAAGUUCCAGUGCUUGCUGUACCUUAGAGAUGUCACAGAUCAAGCGCCGCCAGCUGACGGCGGCGGCACCGACUUGUCGGGUGGGGCGAUAGCAGGCAUAGCGGUGGGCUCAUCUGUUGGGGCGCUGGCGCUGGCUGCGCCAGCCGCCAUAGCGGUGGUGCGACGGCGCAGGUGCAGGCGCCUGCGGCAGCUCAAGCUGGCAGGAGGACCACAGCAGCUGCAGCUGCUGCAGCGCAGGACGCUCAAGUUUGUGGUCGAUCCCGCCAGCUUCACCUACUGCCGCCUGCCUGGCAGCGAGGGGCCCGUUGAGCUGGGAUCCGGCGCCAGCGGGCGUGUGCUCAAGGCGGUGUAUCGCGGCGAGGCUGUGGCGGCCAAGGAAGUGGAUGUGGGGGGCGGCGCCGCCAACCGCGAGGCCUUUGUGACGGAAGCGGUGCGGCUGCACCAGCUGCGCCAUCCGGCGGUGGUGGGGUUUGUGGGUGUGGCGCUGAGCGGCAGCCGGGGCAUCCUGCUGCUGGAGAUGUGUGAGGGGCGGGACCUUGCGCUCAACCUGCGGGCGGCGGGCGGCUCAGGGCAGCGCGUGUUUGGCUGGCACCGGCGGGGCAAGCGGGCGGCAUUUGACCUGGCCCGAGCCCUCAACUAA